AUGGCCCAUCAGUGCUCUGAAGGUGAGCUGGAACAGACAGAGCACCUUGGAGACUAUGUUGUGGCCUCAAACUUUAUUGAACAACCCAAGUUCAAACUGAUAUCCACCGAUGGUGUGGUAAAUGCUGACUGGUCAUAUCUAAGUACGAAGGAGACAAAAAAACAAGUUGUCCAGGAGCAUCAAUCCAGUUCAUCUGAGGUGAAGAAUGCUGUGUCACAUACAGACAGAGUCCACCAAUGCACAGUCUGCCUGAAACCUUUCAGCUCACUUGACCAGCUUCAGAGGCACCUCCUUGUUCACAGUGAACGGAAGCCCUUUGAAUGCUCUAUAUGUGGCAGAACUUUCAGACAAAUGGCACAUUUAAAAUUACAUUCCCAAACACAUGCUCAAAUUGAUUUGUCUCAACAAGUUACAGAGCUGAGUCCUGCAGCUGAAAUGGUUUCUCAGUGCAACAAAGGAAAGAUGAAGAUAAGCCACCAGUGCCCAGAGUGUCCAAAAUCCUUCUGUUCACCUUCCAAACUGAGGAGACACUGUCUUAUUCACACUGGUCAGAGGCCCUUCCGCUGUUUGGAAUGUGGAAAGACUUUCAGGCAGCUUUCCCAUUUAAAAACGCACCAAGAAACCCACAAAAAAGCACUUAGCAUACAGAGUUCUUUGUAUGAAAAAGAGACUGUUUACCCACAAAGAGCAAGACUUGAGGAUGAGAACCAUGACAUAAAUCAGCCUUCAGACACCGACUUGCCCUCUUUCAUCUCACCACCAUCUCCCCAAGAACAUAAGCCAUUGGAUUCUCAUCAGCUGUUAAACACAGAUUUUUCAUUAAACAUGACCUUUAGCCAACAAUCUCUGCAGGUGGGACAACAACAUGAAGAAAAUACCUCAGCAGCACAGUAUAAAAAUGAGCAGAACACUAAGGAGCAUCACAUAACUCAAAAAGAAGCAUUAACUCAAGAAGAAAUGAGACCCCUUCAAUGCCUUGUCUGUGGUAUAACAUUUCAACAGAUAUCUCAUCUGAGAAAGCAUCAAUGUAAGCAGCUAAACCAGGACAAGUUUACAAGUCAAGAUAAGGACAUAGCGAGUAGUUUGUCUCUAUCUGCUGAGCCUCACCAGGAAUUGAUGGAGCAUAAUAACGCAGAAGAGGUAAAUGCUUUUGAUCUCAAUAUAAUUGUGAAACAAGAACACUGGGUUCCAAGUAACAGCGGGGAUCAAGCUGCAGUGCCUGAGGGUGUAACGUCACCCAAGCAAUCACAGCUACCGCCAGCAAUGGAUAACUUUAAGACUAAACAGACCCUCAAGAGGAGGACCCAUCAGUGUGCUAUGUGCCUGAAAUAUUUUCCAACUCCUUCCAAACUCCAGCGGCAUUUCCUUAUUCACACAGGGCAAAGGCCUUUUGGCUGUCAUAUUUGUGGGAAGAGAUUUCGUCAGCUGGCACACUUGACGUUACAUUCUCGCACACAUUGUCGUGCAGGUCGUGCGAAACUGAAAAGGCCUAUCAUGCACAGCGGCUCAUCUUCUUUCCAAAUCAAAUAUGAUCAUGUGUCUUCAGCAGCAUCAUUCAUGUCUGAUUUUCUCCUGCAUGACGACACAAUUGAAAAAUCUGAACCCGGAGAGCCUCUUCUGAAGAGCACUGACCUUAGAAUGCCUUCAAAGAGAAGACUUUACCGGGACAAUGCGAUUGACUCUGAUAAAAAUAAAAAUAGAACAGGGCUGAACAAUGAAGCUGCUUUUGAUUCUGAGAGGAGUUACAGCCGUGUAAAACACCAGUGUUUGUUCUGUUUCAAAUGCUUCACAUGUCCUUCCAAACUUCAGAGGCAUAAUCUGAUACACACUGGACAGAGACCUUUCCGGUGCUUUCUGUGUGGGAAAACAUUCAGGCAGGCUGUACAUCUAAAAGUGCAUCAGCAAACCCAUAACAAAUGGAGGCCUUUCAGAAGAGCUUCUCGCCAGGAAGAGGUUGUUAAGAUGGACACAUCCAGUGAGCAGGAGCGGAAUAAGCAGUCUAGCUCUAAAGAAGAGUGCAGUAUCACAGGUUACCCUCAGAGCAAUUUUGCCACAUCUGACAGUCCUCAUCACGGAACAAUAGAUGAUGCACAUAAAGAUUCAGAUUGUAAAAUGAGUAUAUCUGAACCUGACUUAAAUGCUCUUGCUGAGCAAGUUGAGCUCAGUGCAAUCAUUAAAUCAGAAGACUGGCAUCCUGCUAACAGUAGUGGUACACAGGGUACAUCCAACAAUGGAACAACACCAACUAAGCAAAGCCAGCUGCAGCUGCUAUCGAAAGAAAAAGUAAAUCAGUGCCAGAAACAAAAUACAAAGAGUAAUCAAUGUGUCACAUGCCUGAAAUGUUUCUCAACCCCUUCAAAGCUCCAAAGGCAUAUCCUGACUCAUACUGGACAGAGACCUUUCAGCUGCCAUAUUUGCGGGAAGAAAUUCCGUCAACUAGCUCACGUGAAAUUGCACAUUCACACCCAUAAUUUGCCCAGACUUACACAACAGAAAAAGGCCAAUAAGGACAGCAAUGCAUUUUCCCGGCACCAAAUUCGACAUGACAGCUUAUUAUCAUUACCAACAUUAAACCCUGACCACCUUCUGCAUGAGAAUACACCUGAGAAAAGAGCGGAUGAGACUCUUCAGGUGAGCCUGAGCUUGAGUGCACCUUCAGGAACAGGGCUGAAUCAUGAAGCUGCUUUUGAUUCUGAGAGGAGUUACAGCCGUAACAACCCUCCUCCUAUGAAGAAUGCAGACCACCAGGAGCAGACCAACAGUGCUGGGCUGCUUGAGAAAGCAGUGAAUUAUGGUUUAGCAGAAGAAUCUCAGAAAGUCAACUUUUCAGCAUGUCAACCAGCAGGCUUUUCCACCCAGCAGCUGCAGGCUCCCGGCCCGGAAACCACUGCCAUGUCAGAUCCUUACAUCUAA